AUGGACCGCACUGUGGUGCUCAUCACCGGCUGCUCUUCGGGCAUCGGACUGCACCUGGCCCUGCGUCUGGCAUCGGACCCAUCCCAGAGUUUCAAAGUGUAUGCCACGCUGAGGGACCUGAAGGAUCAGGGCCCACUGUGGGAAGCAGCUCGGGCCCGAGGAUGCCCUCCUGGGUCCCUGGAGACACUGCAAUUGGAUGUGAGGGACUGUGAGUCUGUGGCCGCUGCCCGUGCCAGUGUGGCCGAGGGCCGUGUGGAUGUGCUGGUGUGUAACGCGGGCCGGGGCCUACUCGGGCCGCUGGAGGCACACGUGGCUGGCGCCGUGGACUCUGUGCUGAACGUGAAUGUGGCAGGUACAGUGCGGAUGCUACAGGCCUUCCUGCCGGACAUGAAAAAACGCCGCUCUGGGCGUGUGUUGGUGACCGGGAGCGUGGGAGGUUUAAUGGCGCUGCCCUUCAACGCCAUUUACUGCGCCAGCAAGUUCGCCCUAGAAGGUUUAUGCGAGAGUCUGGGGAUUCUGCUGCCGGUUUUCGGGGUCCACGUGAGCCUCAUCGAGUGUGGCCCUGUGCACACCGCCUUCCAGGAGAAGCUGGAGGGCGGCCCUGGUGGGGCGCUGCACAACGCGGACGCCGAAACCUGCCAUCUCUUCUCCUGCUACCAGCGCCACUAUGAGCGGGUCUUCCGUGAGGCGGCACAGAACCCGGAGGAAGUAACAGAGGUCUUCCUCAAGGCCCUGCGCGAUCCUCGGCCCGCGCUGCGUUACUUCACCACCGAACGCUUUCUGCCCCUGUUACGUAUGCGCCUCACCGACCCCAGCGGCUGCAGCUAUUUGGCCGCCAUGCACCGCGCAGUGUUCGAAGAUGAGUCAGCCGAGGACCCCGAGCGCGCAUCAGCAGAGGCUGGGCCUGCGGGACUGGAAGUCCCUGAGUGUGUUUUACACGCAGAACUCUUCGCGUUUAACGACCCCACAAACAGGCUCAUCGCUGCAUCUGGCUGGUGCUGA